UGAUAAGGACGAGCUGCAACCAAUUCAUAGUGAGAAGAGAGCUAUGAACUGUGAUCAUGUCUUAUUUCAAGUUAGAAGGCAAAUCAUGCUCGAGAUGGCAACUCGCUGAUAUGGCUGGUGCAAGGAAUGAAGUCAUCAUUAGAAUUCAGACCGACAACGGGGAGGGAUGCCCAGGACUAAUUCAAUGAUGAUUGAUGAUGGUAUAAUAAAAACUGC